AUGGGCAGAAGAACACUCAGGGGUAGUCAAGACUUGAACUUGAGACCUCCGAGUAUGCUUCUGUUAAUUGAUCCUACGUCCAACGAAGUUCUACUGCGUACUGACCAAGAGGAGCUUCAGCCGCUCUCUGCCCAGGACCCACCAAGAGCUCCUUCCGUUCCGACUGCUGAAGUUGAGCUACCCACCAAAUUGCACCCCCAAGAUCAAGAAUUGUUAGUAGCCAAUUCUACAGCUACUGUCAAUGCUACGCCUGAAGGUCCGCGGUUACCACCAAAUGGACCUGUCCCGGUGACACAAGAGGAGCCAACAAAUUCCUUCAUGAUGGAGCAAGGUGAAUCUGCCUCAAUUUCUCCUGAUGGAGAUGAAGACUCAGUUCAUUCCGCCAAUGAAGCCCUCAAUGAUCACCAAGUCUUGCCAAAGUCGCUCGAUGUUCAUCUCCGGAAUAUUGCUGGAUUGACGGAAGAUGAAGAUCUAUUUGAUUCUAUUUGUGGACGUACUCUUCCUGCAGAUCUUAUGGAAGACUGA